AGUGGCUGUGGAGGUAUAAACUUGGAAUCCCAGCUGGAAAAUAUUACAGACAUGCUGUUCAAUCAGCUGAGUGAAACAGUCCAGGAGUCAGAGCCUCACUCUGCACGGAACCAUGUCUUUGCCCUGAAGGCUUUCUACACCCUAUCCAAGUUAUACAAUGAUCAGGUGGUAUUCUUAAUACAAAAGACCAUGAAAACCAGUGAUCCAGCCAAGAUAGUAUCAGCCCUUCAAGUUUUCAUGGAUGUGUUCCCGGAAGUGCCCCAGACAGAGCAACUGAAGAACGAAGUGAUGCAUUCCGUCAUCAUCGUGAUUCAGGACGAUCUCAAACCAGUACGGAAGGCCCUCCUGCACUUCAUCGAGAUGCUGGGCCGGCAUGACUACUUGGCCAUGCCCCAGGGGAAUAUCAUCAUCGACUAUGUCAUCAAGCUCAGCGAGUCUGCCUGCUCUAAUGAAGAGGACAUCCAACGAAUGUGUUCCGAAAUCCUACAGAUGGUGUCCUUGCCCAAACUGAUCACCUUGGCAUGCCAGCCCAGCCACACCUUGGCCUUCAUGCUGCUGAGUAAGAUAGCCACAAACAUGGCUCUGAAGGCCCGGUCCCUGGGCCAGGUUCCCUAUCUAAGCAGCUUCCACCUCAGCCCUACCCAGUUCAUCUCCCCACAGAAACUUCUGACCCAUCUUGUGGUGUUUGCCCUGAAGUCCUAUAGUGAAAGGGAGCUUGGGAUAAGCUCUCUAAGGCUACUACAUGCCCUGCAUCCUAUCACCUCCUUGCACCCUGUUAUCAACUCAAAUGUGGGCCAGCUGUGGAUGAAGGAGAUCCCCCAGAUGUUGCAGAUUCUGGAUGAUCACACUAAGAAGAAUCUGGAUCAGGAGGAGUGGGAGGACAGGCUGCUCCAGGAUUUUCUAUAUAAAUUCUUUGGAUUUACCUUGCGGACCUCAAGGAAUAUGAAACUGGUGAAGACUAUGCUUUCCUCUAUCCUACAAAGUGUCCAUGAAGACCUGCAGGAGAGGGAGGGCAUUGCUACGGCACUGAGUAUCGUGUCCAUGAAGUAUCUGAAGAUAGUCCUGGACCAACUUCAAGAGUACAGUGCUAUCCUCACGGACAAGGGCUCGUCAUUCAUCCUCAAACUAAUGAAGGAACAUCAGCAAAGGGAAUGGGGGUUGGUCUGUAACAUCAUCUACUUAAGCUAUAGCAAGAUUAUUUUCAAGAGCAAGGGAGGCAUUGUCACGCAUUUGGACAACAUCCUGACUUUGGCGCUCCAACACUACCGCAACUGCAUUGUUGAAAAGGAUGAGAACCUGAAGCUGGAGUACCUGGGCGCCUUGAGCAAGCUAACAAACAUCAUUAGCAGCCACCCUAUGGCCUUUCAGUUCAAGUUCGUUCAGAAACUAGAAAUUGUAACCUUCAUGGUGCUGUUAUUCCUGGGCAUUACUGUUUCAUUACAUUUUUACUACUUCCUCCUGGAUUGUAGAAAUCUCAGUCCCCUCACAGAGGUGGAAGAAAGAACAGAUCUUCUCCGAACAUGCUGUAAGAGUGUGCUCUGCCUGCCACCCACAGAAGUUUUGCUGAAGGAGGCAUCCAGUUCCCAGGAGGCCAAAGACACUGUGGAUUUGUACAGGGAGACCCUGCAAUCCCUUCUAAAGCUAAUGGAGACACUUAUUUUUGAGAUGCCUUCUCGGAUCCAGAACUCCUUGGAGGUUCUGGACACAUGGCUGAAUUCCCAAAAGGACAAUGAGAGGGAACGGGCCAUGUGGUGUGCUGCCCGUAUUCUUGGCUUCACUGCAAAAAUGAAUAACGUUGGAAUGGACAUCGAGUUCACUCGGCUGGGGCGUUUGGUAAGGCUGCUGGCCAUGCGCUGCCAGGACCCAGUGGACAACAUCUGCUUCCUGUCUGCACAGGCUGUCUACAACCUCUACUGUAUCCUCCUGCUGCAAAAGCAGAUGGGAAGGAAAAAACAGGGCUUGUGGGAAGAAGAGGGCACGAGUGAAGUCUAUAGCCCCAACGUGUUCUAUAACAACACCUUUGAGAUUGCCAAGCCUGGCCUGUGAACUCUUGCCUUGGGGGAUGUUUUCCGCUUGUUCCCACCACCCUCCCCCUAAGCAUCCUGGGCCCUAAUGCGCCUUUCUUACCCGUUCUCCCCCAGAAGCAUCUGCUUCAUGCUAACAAUGCUUUGUGAGUGAUGUGUAGGUUCAGCCCCUGCCUCAAA